AUUCCAUUAGUGAGGAUAUCAGGGAGUUCAUUAGGAACAUCCCUAUAGAAUCGGGACAAUCAAAUUACAUAACCUUGGAUGGAAAAUCUAAUGCUACUUAUAAAGACUUCUACAUGGAGUUUUUUGUGAAUGACGACUCAGUGAAUUGGUCUAACCUCAUAUGGCAUAAGAAGCACUCUCCGAGAUACUCUAUAUACACUUGGAUGGCUCUUUUAGACAGGCUCAAAACUGCUGAUGUUCUAAUCCAAAAAGGAAUUUAUAUUGCUAAUCCUACUUGUUCUUUUUGUCACAAUAACACAGAGACUAUAACUCAUCUAUUUUUUGAAAGCGAAUACUCGUUCAAAGUAUUAGUGCGACUGAUUCCCAAAUUGCAAGAUUUUCUCUUAAGAUCCAAUGUCUCUCAGGCUAUUGAAUUCAUUGGAGGCUUACCGGGGGAGAAUAAAGAUAAACUUAGCAAUCUCUUACUAUUUAAUGCCACUAUAUAUCAUAUAGGGGUGAAAGGAAUAGCCACAG